AUGAGUCGUUCAUUNGAGUCUCUACAUCUCAAGCACACAAAUGUCCUGAUUCGUCAGGUGUCGAAGCCAUCGUCAAGGCCUACUCGGAGUAUGAGAGGCCAUGGUGUGAGAAGACGUGAUCUGGCUCCCACGGAGAUUUCUGUACCUCCGAUUCCUCCUCGAAGGGGCUCGCCUGUCAAGAGGAAGCCUGUGCCUAGUACAGUUUACGAGACUCCGUCUCGACUGGAACCGAUUCGUAUUCCCCAAGCUGCUUUGAGUUCAGCUUCCAUGCAGAUUGCCCGCCAAUACGAUCCACCAACACCCGAGGCCGACACACCCUACGUUCGCUUCGCCAUCGACCAGAUCACAAGAGAUGAGGAUGAGAUUGAAGGCAAACCCUGGCUUGGUCCCGAAUUNCGAAACGACUACGACGAAGGCCCAAUACCCUUCGAGCAAGAAUAUCCUCCAGUACCUGAUGUGCCCUUCGACGAUAUCACACCAAUCCCCAUACCGCCAAGGAGCCCAAAACGCAAAAGCAGUCAGAUACCGGCGCAACACCCAUUACAAGAACAAUUAAAUCUGUUCAUGCCAUUCGAGCCUUCUGCCGACUCGUUCUAUGCUCCUCUGACCGCUUUGCCACCCGUUCUUCGACCAGUGCGCCUCGGCAUCUUCAUAUCGCUCGUAAUGCUAUAUCUGAUUGCCCUCGUCUUUACUGCCAUUUGGUCUCGCGUGCGCAGUGGACUGUGCAAUUAUGGAACCUUCGGUGAUGGUACAUAUUUCGUUUUCCAGUACCUGCCCACCCUUCUGGGCAUGAUACUAAUUCUUUGGCUGUUCGAGAUCGAGAAAGCAGUUUACAGAGUUGCCCCCUUCAUCGCCCUGGCGUCCAAAAACUCGACACUCCGCGGACAUGGGAGUUCAUUGCCUAUGUACCCCUCAGGUUUCGCACUGCCUCCUCUUACUCACCUGAGAGCAGGUCAGCGAGCCAUUGGCGCCUUCCUCGUCGCCUCGUGGCUUACACUGUUCACCAUCCCUCUGCUAGCCUCUUCCUUCAACGUCUACUUCCGUGGUACUCCUGGUCGAUGGGUCUGGCUUGCCACACAAGGAACCAUUUGGACUGUGAUUACGCUGUACAUUAUCUUGCUUACUGCGUCAAUUACCCUGUGGCUGUUUCUCCAUCGUAGAGGAACCGGACUCAAGUGGGAUGUUCGCACUUUGGCCGACUUGAUCGUCGUCACUGAGCGCAGCAACAUUCUCGACCACUUUGCUGACAUCGGUGUUCACGUUAACAAGUACGAACUCUGGGGCCACAGUGCUGAGAGACAAGACAGGUUGGGCUACUUCAACACUGCUUACAACCCUAAUGACGUUUUUCAUACUCUUGGUGCACCAAACAGACCUGCAAGGCCAUACAGUGCUGACGAAAGCAUCCUCAACGAGAAACUUUUGAGCCAAUCUACUGGCUACUCGAACGUCAACGCUGGUUAUGAUCGUCCCUACAGCUAUGGGUCCACUGGUACUCACAAUACCACCGACCUCGUCUUGCAACCUGACAACACUGACAACUAUCUGCCAUGGUUCCUCCGUGCUGGCUUCGCCUUUAUCUGGUUCGUCAUCGCUCUUCUCCUGCUUCUCGCAUUCUUGGUGGUAUCAUACCUUCCAUCAACCGCCGUUAAUUCUGGAUUCCUGCCGGACCUCCCAGAGGCUGUCAACAGACUUGGCUUCUCCUCGUCCAACUUCUUGUAUUCAUUCGUGCCAUCUCUGCUUGGCCUCCUAUGUCUCCUCGUCUGGCAGCCCAUCGAUCUUGCCUUCCGCCGCUUACAGCCGUAUGCCGCUAUGUCCUCGCCUGGUGGCUGUCUCGCAGAGAAGAGUCUUCUCCUGUCCUACGCUUCUGAUGCACCCUUUGUAGUCACACUCAAGGCAGCAGUCAAUAGCCACAUUCGUGUCGCACUGCUCAGCUUUGUAACAAUCAUCGCAGCGCUGCUUCCUAUCCUGGCUGGUGGCGUCUUCUGGAACCAGUUCUACAUUGACCAGCAGCGCGUCCGUGUCAGUGCACACUCAACUGCCUUUUACCCAAUGACGGUCUUCCUUGUCAUCUAUGCGCUGGCAUACGCCCUCGUCUUCGCAGGCCACAAGCGUGCACUACCCAAUCGCGGCAUUACUCUCGCUGACCAGAUCUCUCUCUUACAUCAAAGCCGGUUGCUCAACGAUGCCGCCUUCCAAGCCCCUGCCACUAAGACUGCCCUGGUCACGCGUCUGCUCUCUGCACCCGUCGGUGAGCGCAACAGCUACCACGACAACCCCGAUCUUGAAGGGGCUGUCACAGGCAGUAAAGUCUCCAUCGCGGACUCUCUGCGCGGCUUUGGUCGUGCUAGAGCUGAUGCCACGACGACUGUUGGAAGCACAGAACUGCCUCACUAUGGCUAUGGAAAGUACUUUGGUCGUGAUGGCAAGCGACAUGUUGGCGUAGACCGUGUGGGGAGACCUGGUGUCCCUGAUAUGGUUAUCAGGAUGUGA